AUGGCUGAAGCACUUCCAGAUUUCCCUGACUCUGACUUUUCUGAUGAAGAGUUGUCUCCUUUAGAGAUAUCUUUUAAUAAAGCAGCAGACCAUGUUAGGAAGUUAACAGGCUCAUUAGAUAACAAUCAACUGUUAGAACUUUAUGGUCUGUACAAACAAGGAACUGAAGGCAAAUGUAAUGUUCCAAAGCCUGGCUGGCUGGACGGCAGAGGCCGCAGGAAGUGGGAGGCCUGGAGAUCUCUUGGUGACUUACCCAGCGAUGAGGCUAAACAAAAGUAUAUAGCUUUAGUGCAAAAGUAUGCACCAGAACUGACAGAUCUUUCUACUGAAAAAGAAUUAGGUGUGAAGGAAACCUGGAUAGCAGUGUCUUCCAUGCGCAAAUCCCCAGAGCCUGAACUAAUACAUAAUGAACUGUCUAUAUUGGAUGCGGCGCGAGAGAACUGUGCCGAGCGCGUCACGCAACUCCUUGCUGAGCAUCCUGAGCUGCGGCAUGAGAAGGAUGACGAUGGUCUGACUGCACUGCACUGGGCCACUGACCGCAAUGCUACAAAGGCUUUACAAGCAGCUUUAGAUGGAGGAUGCCCAGUAGAUGCAGCAGAUGAGUGUGGUCAGACUGCCUUACAUUAUGCUGCUUCCUGUGGCCAUGUGGAGUCCACCAGGAUAUUACUCAAAGCUGGUGCUUCACUGCUAAAAGAUGAAGACGACUGUACUCCAUUGGACUUGGCUGCUGAUGAUGAGAUAAGGAAAAUUCUGGAAGGUGCUACAUAGAUUAAGUAAUGUCUGUCAUCCAUUGGUAUGCCCAUACCAGUUUUAGUUAGAAUUAAUAUUGGGUUAUUGUAGUUAUUCAUAAUAAUAAACUUUGAAUAUUU